UUCGUGGAUGCUGUUUCUGGUCCCCCACGCUGAACACCUGGGAAUCCCUCCUUCCAAAGCUAUCUUCCUCUCCACAAUUGGCGGCAUAGGUGGCAUCAUCGGUCGGACCAUCUUCAUCAUCCUCGUCGGCAAAGGCAUCAAUGUUUAUGUCGUCUACAUCGCCAUAGGUCUCAUCGGCACGGCAUCAUUUCUGCUGGACUUCAUCAGUUCUGCUUACGCGGUGCGUGCUACCUUGGCUUUUGUCCAGGGUUUCUCCUUCUUCAUCGAGGAUGCUAUUAUGUCCAGUUUAUUCAAAGAUGCAGUCUUUGACAAUCGGAAUUUUAACAUGGCCGUGGCUCUCGGUUUAUUCGCGGGAGGACUGGGGGCGACAUGUGCAGGAACAAUUUCAGGUUAUCUGUUUGAUGUCACCCAGUCAUUCACGAUGGUGUUCAUCAUCGUCGGCUUCAUUCACGCCAUCAUGGUCGUUCAUCUCUUCAUCAUAGCGAUCCUCAUCAAGAGACGACGACAAGAUGUCAGCUCUUAUUUUGACCAUUGAGGUUUUAGAGGAGGAGUCAGAAACUUCUACCUAUCCUCCUUCCUUUUAAAAUAAAUAAAGGAGGUGCCCUUAACAAGUUGAUACCGAACAACCGAUUAAUAUAAUAAUAAUAACUACACUCAA